AUGGACGAAUACGAAUAUCUCCAACCUGGAUUUGACCCCAAGUCGCUGACGGUGCCCCGUCUCCGAUCAAUCCUUGUGGCGCAUGAUAUUCAGUACCCCGCUACGGCAAAGAAGCCGCAGCUUAUUGAACUUUUCAACGAUGAAGUUGUUCCUCAAGCCAGGAAGAUCCUAGCAAAGCAGGCGAGAGCAAAGCGAUCCAGCAAAGGUAUCGUCGAUAUGGGAAGCUCCCACGAAAGCGAGUCCUUUGACGACUACGACCUAGCUCCCCCACCCCCUAGAACGUCAUCCAGGUCAAAAUCUCCGCGAAAGGCUUCUUCCCGUGUUAAGAGCAAUGAGUCUGAUCAUGAAGAGGCGCCCGCAACGAUCAGCCCAACAAAGAGGAAGGUGCGAGCAAGCAGCCGGCAACUGGCGGAGCCUGAGCCCUAUGUUGAGCCGGAGCCUCCCAAGUCUAUUCGCAGCAAGCGCACUGUCACACCGCAUAUCAAGACAGAAGAGUCGGAAGAAGAUUUCUUCAAGAAGCGGAGAGAGUCGGAAUACUUUUCAAUGGACAACCCUUUUCAGAGUGGUAGCUCACCCGCACCGAUCAAGACUCCUGUUGGGCGAAGAAAACCCACAGACACGGAAGACAUCCAGAUGAACUACGAUAUUGACACAAGACGGCAGACCGAUGAUCACUACUUCGAGAAUCGGCUUAAGUCGUCUAAGAAAUCUCAGGUGUUUGAGGUUCCUGUCAGUAGAUUGCUACGUGAUGACACCCCUGAGCUGCAACCUGUUCCUAUUGAACCUGUCGAAGCCGGAGAGGAGUUCACUCCGGAUGCCCAAUUCGAAAUGGAACAAGAGAUGGCAGUAAGGGGCGAAAGAACUCUGGCGCCGCGUCCGAUUGCACCAAACCGCCCGCCUAGAAGCUUGGCCAAGCCGUUCUGGGCAUUGGCUGUCAGUUUACUGGGGGCAUAUGGUGCUUGGUAUCGACAAGAAAAGGUUGCAGUAGGAUAUUGUGGUCUCGGUCGCCCUGCGACACAAAUUAUCCCAUCAAAUGUUCCGGUCCCCGACUGGGCCGUGCAACUAGUUGAACCGCAAUGCGAGCCAUGCCCGCAGCAUGCCUACUGUUAUGAGGACUUUUCUGUUCGCUGCGAACCUGAUUUUAUCCUGAAGCCACACCCACUUGCUUUCGGUGGUCUGGUUCCGCUGCCACCUACAUGUGAACCUGACGGCGAGAAGGUACGAAGAGUAAAGGCCGUAGCCGACAAGACGGUUGAGGAAUUACGAGAAAGACGAGCGCAAUUUGAGUGCGGCGAAUCUGUUGGCGAAGCUGGGCAGGUCCUGGAGACCCCGGAAAUUGAGGAAGAGGAAUUGAAGGAGGUGAUCAACGCGAAAAGAAGCAAGAAAAUGAAUAAGCAGGAGUUCGACGACCUUUGGGCUGCCGCUAUUGGGGAUGUCAAGGGUCGUGAGGAAGUUGAGAUCGCACAAAAGGCCAAUUCCACCUCAGUUUCAAACGCCUACUUAUCGUCCUCCUCUCUCGCUCGCCUUUCAAUCGGCUGCGCCCUCAAACGCUCGGCCAAGCUCGGAUUGGCAAGACAUAGACUCUCAAUUGGAUCUGUAAUCCUCUUGAUUGUCAGCUACUUUUACGUUAGAUCAAAGUACAGGUCACACAAGGCGACUGUGGCGCAAGUUCCAGCACUGGUUGACCUUGUAUUGGCUCGUCUUGCCACGCAGAAGGAACUGGGUGAAGAGGAGAUCGACGACCCCUGGCUUUUUCUGCCGAAUCUCCGUGAUGACGUCCUUCGAUCUGUGCAUUCCCUUGGCGAGCGGGAUCGUAUUUGGAAGCGGGUGAGAGCUGUAGUCGAGCAGAACAGUAAUGUGCGGACUAGCCAAAGAGAAGGUCGUAGCGGUGAGGUCGGUCGCGCCUGGGAAUGGAUUGGACCUAUCGCGGGAGACACUGCGAGGCGGCGCAAGAGCGGCCGUAUGUCUCUGGGGCCGGGAUUGGAUGUCAAGAACGAAGAUACCCCUGAAGCGUCUGAGAAGGCCGGGGCUCACUCAAGAUGGGAAGAGCCGCGGCCAAUUUAUUAA